GGUUACCACCAUCACCACAAGCUACUAAUACUAACUUACUAUACUAGCUAUACUACUGCACUCGUCAAAAGGAUCACAAGCUGAAACAAACACCCAAUUCACAAUACCUCAUACGCCUACAUCGGAUUGAACAUCGAGUCGGAUCCUGCGGAAAGCAAUCAUUACAAACACCUCAGCAGACACGCCAUGUCCUCCUCCGUCAACUUCUUUGCUGCUCAACGGCUGCGAUGGAACGUUUUCGGUCUCGUCACAUGGUGGCUCGCCACGAGAUCUGACCUGUGGGUGACGACAUCCAGGUUGACGGGUGCCAUGUUCGGUUGGAGGCAUACACAUUGGGAUGUUUACGUCGCGAGGAUCGGCUACAUUCUCUUCACAUUCAACAUCAUCCAAGCUCUCUACUUUAUGGCCUCCAACACCUCCCAGGAGCCGAUGCAAGGGAGCGGAGCAGCGCAGGUCCUCCCGGCCAGUCAGGUCAUUGUGAGACAGCAAGCUCAGACCACUCACCCGGCAUUCCCCAGCUCCCUCUCCAUUAGCUCGAUUCGCGAGCGGGCACAGCGUAACCAGGCGUCGAGCACGGGCCGUGCGGAAGGCGGCGGAGUCGAGGACAAGGCUACCUCGACUGGAAAAUUUACCACCAGUCCAACGAUGGAGGGGCUUCCGCUGUCGAGCCUGCUCACGCCAGCAAAAUCAACCUCGGAGCUACGGUCCCGACAUAUGGCUGCUCUGCAUGGCGAGGCCGAGCAGUUUCAUCUCCAGACCCCACCUGCUUGGAACGGAUCUCGAAGUCGUCGUGAGCGUGAACAGGGGACUGCAAGAGAUGCUAUCCCCGGCCUUCCAGGGUCGCAAGGCAUCGCCACAUAUCAGUCGACGGCGCAAGAGGGAGGCGAGCUGAGCAGCAAGAUCUUGACGGCGCACGAAGCCCAUAAUACGGGUCUCGAUCCCUUGUCCGUGUCGGUAUACAAGGCUCGCAAAUCGCUCAUGAUGGGCGAGCUGUAAAUUACGAUGACAAUGAACGAAUGACAUAGUCUAUACAGGGU